GAAUGCAGCAAUGCACAUGAAUUAUUCGUUUUAUUAAAAAUUGUUUGUCGUCCGAUGAAUCUUGUCCUGGAAAAAUGGUGUUCCUAAGAAUAAGCAAGUUUGUAUAAAUUCAAAUGGCAGUCACACCACACAAUAAAUUUCCCAAAAAUAGACCAAAAAACCAAAGGUCCAAAAAAACCAAAGCAAACACGUAAACCCGAUAACAACUCCCUCGUGACAUUUUUUUAGUGCAUGGUUUCUUUUAAGACAGCUUCAUUCACACCUAUUUCCUCGACAUGGAGUGAAACAUUAAAAUCAAUCUUUUCUUACGAGAUCACAAUAAAUUAUCUGGGAAAAAUAGAAAAAAGUGUUGUUAUAAAAUAGAAGAACGAAAUGAGAGAUCAAAUUAGCAGAGUUGUUUUGUUAGUUGUAUUAUCGUUGAUUGUUGGAAAUGCCUAUGCCGAUAAGAAGAACGAUCAACCAGUUGUGACGUACGAUGGGCGCUCGAUUAUCAUCAAUGGAAGCAGAGAACUAUUGUUCUCUGGUUCGAUUCAUUACCCACGUAGCACUCCCGAUAUGUGGCCUCAGCUUAUUAGAAAGGCUAAAGAAGGUGGCUUGAAUGUGAUACAGACUUACGUGUUUUGGAAUAUUCACGAGCCUGUUCAAGGCCAGUUCAAUUUCGAAGGCAAUUAUGACUUCGUGAAAUUCAUAAGGAUGAUUCAGGAGCAAGGUUUAUGGGUGACACUCAGAAUUGGACCUUACAUUGAAGCUGAAUGGAAUUUGGGAGGAUUUCCAUACUGGUUGAAAGAGGUUCCGAACAUUACAUUCAGAUCCUAUAACGAACCUUUCAUGUACCACAUGAAAAGAUAUUCGGAGAAGAUUAUCGACAUUGUUAAAGGAGAGAAGCUCUUUGCAGACCAAGGAGGUCCGAUUAUCAUGGCCCAGAUCGAAAACGAGUACAACAAUGUCCAACUUGCGUAUAGAGAUGCCGGUAAGAAAUACGUUAAGUGGGCUGCAGAUUUGGCCAUUAGCCUAUACAACGGUGUUCCUUGGGUUAUGUGCAAGCAAAAAGAUGCCCCUUCUACAGUUAUUAGUACUUGCAAUGGAAGACAGUGUGGAGAUACAUUUCCAGGUCCAAAUGGUCCCGACAAGCCUUCUCUUUGGACUGAAAAUUGGACUGCUCAGUAUAGAGUAUUUGGUGACCCUCCGUCUCAAAGAGCAGCAGAAGAUCUAGCGUAUGCCGUUGCUCGAUUUUUUGCAAGAAACGGUACCCUCAACAACUAUUACAUGUACCACGGUGGAACAAAUUUUGGUAGAACAAGUUCGUCUUUUGUGACGACCCGUUAUUACGACGAAGCUCCACUAGAUGAAUUCGGUUUGAAGAGGGAACCUAAAUUCGGACACCUGAAAGAUUUGCACAAGGCUUUGAGAUUGAGCAAAAAGCCAUUGCUUUGGGGAACUCAAAAUGUCCAAAUGGUUACUAGGGAUUUAGAGAUCACGACUUAUGAGAAGUCCGGAACAAACAUUUGUGUCGCGUUCUUGACAAACAACCAUUCAAGAGAAGCUAUGAAUAUCAAAUUCAGGGGCGUCGACUAUUACCUUCCCGCCAAAUCCAUCAGCAUUUUACCUGACUGUAAAACAGUAGUUUACAACACUCAAACGGUAGUAGCACAGCACAGUUCAAGAAACUUCGAUUUAUCAAAGACGUCGAAGUUCAGAAACUGGGAAAUGUUCAAAGAAACAAUUCCCACCAAAAACGAUCUACCGAUAAAGAGCAAGUCACCUAGGGAGUUGUACCGCCUUAAUCAAGACACAUCAGAUUAUGCUUGGUACAGUACCAGCAUCAACUUGGAUAAGCGCGACUUGCCAAUGCGCGCCGAUAUCCGAUCAGUUCUUCAAAUUGCAAGUCUUGGUCAUGCUACGGUUGCAUUCGUAAAUGGCGAAUUCGUAGGUUUUGGGCAUGGAAGCAAUAUCGAGAAGAGCCAUGUUUUCAAGAAUCCAAUCAAUUUACACCCUGGAGAUAAUGAUAUAACAUUAUUGGGAAUGACAGUUGGUUUGCCGAAUAGUGGUGCCUAUAUGGAGAAAAGGUUCGCGGGGCCUCGAGCUGUCACGCUCGAAGGUUUGAUGUCUGGAACUCUUGAUAUUACCAGAAACCAUUGGGCCCAACAGGUUGGCGUAAACGGAGAGAACAUGAAAAUUUUUACUGAAGAAGGAUCAAAGAAAGUCAAAUGGUCACCCUUAAGUGAAACUCCUUCACCUGUUACUUGGUACAAGGCAUAUUUUGAUGCCCCAGAAGGAAAUGACCCUGUUGCCCUCAGAAUGAUGAGCAUGGCUAAAGGCAUGGUGUGGGUCAACGGCCUAAACAUCGGUCGCUAUUGGGUUUCUUACCUUUCACCACUCGGAAAGCCCACCCAAGAAGAGUAUCAUAUUCCGAGAGCGUAUUUGAAAGAGAAAGAUAAUCUCGUGGUGGUGUUUGAGGAGAUAGGAGGAAACCCGAGCAAGAUAGAUAUAUUGGUAGUGAAUAGAGACACUAUCUGCAGUGUAAUAACGGAGUACCACCCGCCACAAGUUAAGACAUGGGAAAGAAAAGACAACAAAUUCAGGUCCAUCGCAGAUCCUAUAAAGGCAGCUUAUCUCACUUGCCCCGACAAAAAAGUCGUCACUAAAGUCGAAUUCGUCACCUUCGGUACUGUCGAAGGCGCCUGUGGAACUUUCCUACCUGGCAAAUGUGAUUCCACCAAAGCCCACAAACUUGUUGAAGAGCUAUGCUUGGGAAAGGUGGAAUGCACAAUUCCGUUCGACAGGGAAGAUCUAGUGGAUUCCGACAACGAUUCUUGCCCGGAUAUUGCGAAAACGCUGGCGGUGCAAGUGCGAUGUGACCGUCCAAAUAAGAGCGAUUCUUGAUUUUUAUUUUUCGUGGGAUGUUGAAAUUUGUCAGCAUUGAGGUUUUUUUUUUUUUUAUUUUGUUUUGAAAUGUUCUUUAGACGACGACUCAAUUGGUUAUUGAGUGUUAGGAUAGAGCAGUAGUACUAUAGACUAUAGAGUUGCAAUAAAUACAUUUGGGAAUUUUAUUAUUUAAUGUUAUAAUGUCUGGUCAGUUGGAAUAGUGUAAGCAGAAUGAAUACAUACAAUCCAAAGUUCAAUUUGAAAUA